AUGAGCAUCCAGCUCAAGUCAAUCAGUCUCUUAGUUGUGGGUGCUGAUGCCUUUUCCCGCGAACCCUUACCUCGGGACUUCCUCGCCGUGCACUUUCCCGAGGUGCGGUCGGAAAAGACCAAUCGCGACUUACCCGAUCGACCAUAUCCCGCAUUCAAGGUUCCUGGAUUCCUUUCGCUAAUAAGCACAAGCGCCGACUUAGAAGCCUUACCUUCGUCGCUUCUCGCGCUCUUGCAGGAUGGGCGUCAUGGCAUGCCCGCUGGCCGAGUGGCUAGCGACUCGCAAAGAUUGUCGAUCUUCGUGCGUUCGUCGGUGUAUAUGACAACGAUUUGCUCGGGAUGGUUGGGUGGCCAUCGCAGGACGGAUUAUGACUGA